AUGUCACCUCUGACUCUGGAGUCCGUUCUGGCCUGCUGGAGAGCGCGAGCGGCCGGGAGAGCCGGCCCAGCGCCGCUCGGGAAGGGGGCGCCGAGCCGGACGACCCCCGCACUCGUCUCCGCCGCCGCUCCGGUGGUGUGGGAGGUUUCUCCGCUGCGGUCCCGGACCUCCUCCGGCCGAGGCGGGAGGCUCCCCUCCCCCGGCGCGCCUUCGGGGCUGGCGGGGGUCCAGGCCCGCCCUUCCCGGGCCUGGGCGGCGGACAGGGGCCAGGUGCAGGCGACGCCCCUCCCCCAGCCGCCUGCUUUCCCUCUCGGCCCGUCACCUCCGCCGGAGUCAGAAGCCCCGCGGCCUCCUGGGGAGGGGGCGGGGGCGCAGGCGCAGCCACCGCCACCGGGGCGGCCAGGUAGCUCGAGGGGCGGCGGCGGGAAAACUCGCGAGCCGAUUCCGUCGGCCCGGCAGACCCGCGCCUCCUGCUCGAGCCGAGGCGUCGAAGGGCUUCUUCUGUGCUCGGAGGCAGGCGAGGCCGUCCUCUCCCAGGCCCCUUCCUCUGGCAACGACCGAGCUGGUGGACCACGGACGGCUGGGAACAUCCUGGAUGAUUUCCCCAACUCCGGCUGCAGCUUGCUUUGGGGCGUGACUCUGCACCUUGCGGGUCAGGGAGUCCAGAAAGGGGACACGGGAGGGAGGGCCGCCCGUUUACCGGAGCCCUGGAAGCCAGGGAAGUUGAUGGGCGCUUGCCUGAUUGUCUACCCCUCGGCCUGGACCACAGAGCCAACCCAGCUGAGUGAGUGCAGAGGGUCCCAGGUGAGGGGCACUGCUCAGGCCUCUGCAGAGACUACCCUGGAGAGGCUGAUGCUGCUGGAGACAGACCUUUCCUGCUGAGUCGGGCCUCUGCAGAGCCUGCUCAGGAUUGGUAUGAAGAAUCAAAUGAAGCAAUGCCUGGACAGCUUCCAGCCCAGUGCCUGGCGUGCAGUAGGGACUCACUAAACCUGAGCUACGGUGGUCCUUUCCAGGCGCUGUCCACACCCCACGGCCUGGGCUUGGGCCGAAGUUGCUCCACAGCACCCCCAGCUGACAGCCGUCGACUGGCAGAGUCCCCAAGC